AUGCCCGGCGCAAGCGUCGCAGUCCUCCCGCCACCGGCGGCCUCGACUUCCUCCUCGCGGAAGGCAUCUCUCGCACCGGAACGCAAGUACAAGUGCCAGUUCUGCAACAGAGCCUUCAGCCGGAGCGAACACCGAAGCCGACAUGAGCGAUCCCACACCAAAGAGCGCCCGUUCAAGUGCAUGAAGUGCAGGAGUACGUUUGUCCGCCGCGACCUUCUUCUCCGACACGACAGGACCGUCCAUGCAAAAGAUGGAGGCGUUCCCCUGCACAGCGACGGCAAGCGUCGUGCCGGCGGCCCCAAGACGCGAGCUAUCGGCGGCCCUUCCAAGGCCUCUUUGCCCCUGGACACGUCAACUCUGGAGCAAAUGGAGGCUGGCAGCGACGGCAUCUUCGACGUAGAAGCCGCCGCGAUGCUUGUUGCCGAUCUGCACCACAAGGCGACGGCCGCCAUGCGCGCCGACGACAGUGCCUACGACGACAACGCGUCCAUGGCCUACUCGCCGCGGAGUUCGUCCAUUGUGGAGUCGACCGUUACGUACCCGUCCGGAGCCAUUGCUCUGCCUCAGAUGCAGUGGGAUGGUUUCAUGCCGGCCGAACCCAAGGCGCACUCGAUCUCGUCGAGCGCCUCUGGGUCCUUCGACUCGCAUCAGUCAUUUGCAAGCGGAAGCACCGUCCAGCCGAAUUCCCACCAGCUUCACUCGAUUGUGGGCCAGAACGCCAGCGGCCUGGUGCCGGCGUUGCAGACAAUGAUCAACUCGCUGCCCAACUCCGGUGCCGGGACUCCUGUUCCGCAUAGUCCCUCGGAUGCUUCCCACGCUGGGGUCAGGGCCCCUCAAGUCGGCGGUGACGAGGAACGCAACGCGAUUCUGGACACGAUCCGCAGCUACGACCGCGAACAUGCCAUCCCUGAUGGCUUCCGCCUCCCUGGCCUGGGCUCCUUGAACCGGUAUCUUUCGACGUACUUCGGCAUGUUCCACCACCAUCUGCCGUUCCUGCACCCUGCCUCGUUCUCCGCCUCGCAGGUGUCGCCUCCGUUGUUGCUUGCGGUGCUCAGUAUUGGUGCGUUGUACGCCUUCGAUCAAGACCAGGCCUACAUGCUGCACAUCGGAUCCAAGGUGCUCGUCAACCAGUUCCUCCAGAACAAGGAGAACUUCAGCUCGCGAAAGUGCCCUCUGUGGACCAUGCAGAGCUCCCUGCUCAACAUGAUCUUCGCCAGCUGGAGCGGCGACCCCAAGGGCCUGGAGUGGGCGUGCUCGAUCAAGAGUCUGCUCGCCAACAUGGUGGCUGGCAACAGGUACGAGCUGAAGCUUCGUCAGGAGGCCCGCGGCACGUCGCAGCCCACGCGCGCGGAGUGGGUCGAGGAUGAAGGCUGCCGCCGUACUUACUACGCGGUCUACAUCUUCUUCGGCCUGCUCACCUUGACGUACAACCACACUCCUGCCAUCAGCUUCAACGAGUUCGAAGACCUUCAGCUGCCCUCGACGGAAGCCCUGUGGAAUCUGCAGAUCGCAGACGACUUGGCGUGGAAGGAGCAACUCAACUCGUCGCCGGCCGUGACCUUUAUGGAGGCGCACGACAAUCUCUUCCAGGGCGAGAGGCUGCGAUACAGCGCGUUCGCCACGCGUGUCAUGAUCAACGCCUUGUUCCUCGAAGUCUGGUAUCACAAGCGAAGCCCCGAGGCGCUCCAGGAUGUCGUCACCGAGUACAAGCUCCGCCUCGCUCUCGAGACGUGGGAGAAGUCACUGGACAUGUGCGAGCCCGAGUCGGUCGCUGUCCCGCUCAGCGCUCCGCACAAGGGCCACCACCCGCUCAUCUUCAAUGCCAAGGCCAUGUAUCGCAACGCGCGUACCCGGCUCGAGGUUGACCUCAAGAGCGUGCAGGAGGCGCUGCGUUACCACGACCCGUACGAGGUCGCGGCGGCCAUGUCCCACGCUCGGGAUCGCGUAAAGCGCUCGAGCGAGAUGAUCACGGUCAUUCAGGAAUGCUACAACUGCAUCGAGACGGCCGUGGUCCAGGGCAUCCGCUGGGUGGCUCGCACCUCGCCCACCAGCUGGAGCGUGGAGCACCCCCUUUGCGGCAUGGACCUCAUGAUUGUGCUGUCGCUGUGGCUCUAUCGCCUGGAACAUGACGAAGAGCCCGCGACGGCGGAAGAGGUUGACAUGUACAACAAGGUUCGGCAGCUCUUCAAGAAGGAGCUGAGCGACGGCUAUACGUCUCAGCUCAGCUCCGUCGUGGCCCGGCUGUGGGGAUCGAUGCUGGACGAAGUUGUGGUCUGGGGAAUCACACGCCUGAUGGGCGAGUCUUUUAAGCUGCACUCGCAGGCUCUUGUCGGCUACGUCGACGACCCCGAAGCUUCCUCAAACGUCUCGACCCCUUCGAUGAUCUCGCAGGGGGCCGACGAGGACAGCGUGUAUUAA